GGACCUAAAAUUCCUAGUUUUGGAUAGGAAUAAUAGCACCUUUAAUGAAAGGAAGGCUAAUCCACAGACUUCAGAUCUUAAAGAUCAGAAUCCUUCAGGAACGCUCACUGACGUUGAAUAUUCAGAGGCAGCCAAAGAAGAAAUCAACUUUAACUCACUGAAUGCAAGGACUGAGAUGGAAAUCUUGAGCAAUGGACAAGUCGCCUUGGUCCAAUCAGAUCUGGUGAGCCUCACCCUUGUCCCAACUGUGAAGAGUAAAUCAGCAGAUAGUCCAGGGACUAUGGCCAGUAAGACUGAAUCACUUGUAUUGGGCCAUGUAUCAAGGAGAACAUCAACACCCAGUUCAAUACCUCCACCCAAAAGUGGAGAGGAGGAGGGGUUAAACAUUCUCACUUUGAACAGCAAAAGGAACAUCAGCAAGUUCCAAGAACCAAGUCAAAACAAUAUGAGGUCUGUGAAAAAUAUCACAAAGGUUUUACCAAACCCCACAAAACUCCCAGACAGACACCCAACAACUUUGAUAUCAUCUAGAGACCUAAAAAACCCCACUUUUAAUGGCAAAUUAUUAGGAAAUGGUAGCGUUGUGUUCCGUUCAAAACUGUUCAUCUCAGGCAGAGGUAUAAACGGCACUGGCGUGAUAAAACCAAGCUACAUAAGGAAAAGGCCAACUUCUCAAACUGAGCCAAACUCAAACAAUCUAAAUAGAGGUUUCAAGACAAAGGAAAGCACAGCAACUCAAUUAAUCAGACGUGUUGGGGCAACAUCUACUAAAAAACAGGAUCAGAACGAAGAAACUAAAGACACCAUCCAGGUGACGGGGGCAAACGUAUUGGAAUAUCACAGGUUGACCAACACCAAUUUAGAGUCAAAAUAUCUACCUGGGAGACAGACUCAUCAUGGACGUGACAUACUCAAUUUGGAUACUGUUAAACACAGUAAGAACGGAUCUGGAGAACACAGCAAUGAUAAAGAGAUGAUCUCAAACAUGCUGAAUGGUACAGAGAAUCAAAACAAAGAGGAUCUAAAAGACUCUCUACAUAAUGGGGCAUCAAAUUCACCUACUGGUGUCGAAGAAAGCAAGCAGUUCAGCUUAGAAACUGCUGACACCAGAGGUGAAACAUCAAUUGGAGUGGACAAGAUUAGCAGUGGGAGGAAAAAGUCAAUGCCCCAAAAUUCAGAACAAACUACACCCACUCUAAUGAAAGGAAUAUUACAUGCAAAUCCAUUCAUGACCUCCAGUGAUGCAACGGUCUCUAUUAUGGACACAGACCAUGAAGAAAGUACAAAAAAUAUUCCUAAACUGACACAUGUUGAAACAGUUAAAAACGUGAGGCAGGAUACUGCCAUAAGCUUUGAAAACAUUGGAGCAACAAGAGAACUAAAGCCUAUUAACCGUAAUGAAGACAGAGUGAAAGAACAAUCAGGGGAGAUAUUGUCUAAUCCAAAUAGUGUGGACAAUGUCCAAGGCAAUCAUGGAGAAAAAUACACAAUUCCAGUUGUUUUGGAAAGGCUUACAAAUGUUGAAGAAAUAAAAGGGUCAAAACCUUUCUCACUUAGCCCUGAGGACACAGCUGAGGGAUUUAAAGCAAAUGCAGUCAAUGAUGAGGUGACUGAGAGAGACCGGGAAGAAAACAAUCUCCACAGCACCUGUCACAAUGACUGUGACACCAUGCCAACCAAACAGCCUACAACACAUAAUGGGCCUCCAUUUGAUUCUGAAAGAGAAAAAAGACCUAUACAGGACUGUGCUGAUUAUGUUCUGAAAACACGAAAGAAUGGCGUACACAGAGUCACACCACGAUCAAAGAAUAGCACAUUCCAUGUCUUCUGUGACAUGGGGACCUCCGGUGGGGGAUGGACCUUGCUUCAGCAUCACUUUGAUGGCAGCACUAGUUUCAAUCGCACAUGGGAUGAGUACAAGAGGGGAUUUGGUGAACUAACAGGUGAGUUUUGGCUUGGCAAUGACAAGAUCCACUGGCUGACUGAGACGAAAAACAUGUCAUUGCGAAUAGAAUUAGAAGACUUUAAAGGGAUCAAAGAAUAUGCCCAUUAUAACCACUUUUAUGUGGCCAAUGAGAGCCAACAAUACCGUCUGUCAAUUGGUGGUUAUUCCGGUACAGCUGGUAAUGCCAUGCAGUUCAGCAAGGAGUAUAAUCAUGACCAGAAGCUCUUCAGCACUCCAGACAGGGACAAUGACCAGUAUCCCUCUGGAAACUGUGGAGCAUAUUACAGUUCAGGCUGGUGGUUUGAUGCAUGCAUGUCAGCAAACUUAAAUGGAAAAUAUUAUCACACAGAAUACAAAGGGGUACGUAAUGGGAUAUUUUGGGGCACCUGGAUCAAUAUUACAAUGGAGUAUUACCCAACAAAUUACAGAAAUUCUUUUAAGACGGUCAGAAUGAUGAUUAGACCUAAAAACUACACUACCGGUCAAAAGUUUUGAAACACUUACUCAUUCUUUAUUAUAAUU